UGCUCCCUCCCUCAUCCACACACACACACAGACACAGACACACACAUACACAGACACACACACUCUCUCUCUCUCUCUUUCUUUCCGUCUGUCUUUCUUUCUACCUCUCAGUCUGUGAUAAUGGAGCCCAGCAGUCCGAAGAAGAUCCAGUUUGCUGUGCCUCCUCUGCAGGGACAGUUGGACCCACAGGCCGCCGAACAUAUCCGCCGCAGACGACCGACUCCUGCGACUCUGCAGAUCUACAGACAACCUGGCACAGAUGUUGGAGAUCAGAACAACGCCAGCGGAGAGUCACAGGAGUCAGAUUCGUCUCAGAGGAAGCAGAGCACCUUCGCCCCCCCCACCAUGAAAGACACUUUUUCCUGGAGGUUCCGACACAGUUUCAAAUUGAAGAACCUCCAAAAGUUAUUUAAAGGGAAGCUGGAUAGUGCUGUGCCCGAGGAGGAAGAGGAGGAGAACAUCCCUCAGGACGACUGAUCCAGGGAUGAAGGAUUUAUCUCUUUGUUAUUCUGGACGAACCAACAGCUUCAGCUCAGCAGCAACACGACAGGACUUUGAUUUUCAGGGGAGAGCAGAUCAGGAACCAUGUGACAGCAGCUUCUCCCAGUCAAACCAGUGAGAAACCAGAGCUGACAUCACUGAGCACUUUCACACAAACUGAAUCACCCUUUACUUCAACCUGCUUCAAGGUGGAAGUUCAUUUUUUACUAUGGUCAAAUUAAUAACAUUCAUUCAGUGGAUAAAAUCACUGAUUUAUCACCAUAAACAUCAAGUUACUAGAAAAACUAAUUAAAAAACUGUUUAUUAAAAUAGAAAGAAAGCAGACUUACUAGAAGUAUUAAUUAUUGUCAUAAUCCAUUGAUCCUGUUUUGUUUUGUCCAGAACCCAAAGAAUUAUUCAGGUUUAAAAGACGUUCGACAGAGUAAAGCAUCAAACUGAAUCUUUGCAGAAGCUGCAGCCAAAGAAAAACUGUCACUAUUUCUGUUUUUGGUUGAAAUAUAAUGUUCAGUGUGAUCAGACGUUUAAAGAUGCUCGACACCAAACACCUGUAAAAUACAUCAACUUAGAUAAAACUGAGAAUAUAAAGCAAUAACUUUAAUACUUGCAGCUUUUAGCUUUUAGCAUAAUUGACCUGUUUAUUAUUACUUGUGUUUUUCCUGCAGUGACAAAAUGAUAUUGGAUGGCUGAUAUAACUAUAUAGUGAGUGUGCAGUUUUCAACUGAGGAGAAUUUUUUUUUUUAAUCUUUUGUAUAUCCAGUUUGUUUGUUUUUUUAGCACUAACAGCAAUAACAUGUCACCUGUGAUUUUCUACACAAUAAAACAUUCGAAUUUUAAA